GCUUCUGACUUUCUUUUAGCUGUUGUUACCGUGUUCACGCUAGUUGUCAGUUUCCUCUCAGGCAUCAUGGCAAGUCAGCGGCCUCCCUCAAGCAUAGGCCGUCCAAUGAGCCGUAGUGGAUCUGUGGUCCCUGGUGCUGGAAGACCCCCAACAGCCAUCCGACCUCCUCCUACAGCCAUACGUGUCGCAACUGGGAUGGUUCCAGGUACAAGUGGUCAUCCUGGUAUGAGGGGCGGGAUCCCAGUUGCCACUCCUGGAGUCCUGUCAGCACAGAUCAAAGUGACUGACCGGCCUGUCACCCAACAGGGGCUCAGUGGGAUGAAGACUGGCAUGAAAGGACCUCAAAGACAAAUUCUGGAUAAGUCCUACUACUUGGGCCUUCUCAGGAGUAAGAUCACUGAGUUGACCACAGAGACCAGCAAACUGCACAAAGAGAUUGACAACUACAACCAGGAGAACUCUGUCUACCUCUCCUAUGAGAAGAAAGCUGAAGGCCUGGCUGCAGAGAUUAAGGAUUUGCAAGGCCAGCUUGCUGACCACAAUAUGCUGGUGGACAAGCUCAACACCAACACAGAGAUGGAGGAAAUGAUAAAUGACUACAACAUUGUGAAAGCCCAGAAUGACAGCGAGGCUGAAAGCAUUGACAGCGUCUUCACUGAGAGGAGGGAGAGAGAGGAGGCGAUCAGGGCGGUUGAAGAGGAGAUAAGGAGGGAAAGGCUGGUCGCUGACGAGGUUGUCCAAUCAAUGCCAGCUGCAAAGCAGGAGAAGUAUUUCACCAUGGCAACAGCCAAUGAGGAACUGCUACAGGAGCUAACUGUUCUCCAGGAAGAGCUGGACAUUCUGAUAACCAGGAAGGAGGACUACGAUGCAGAGCUGGCCCACUCGCAGAUCAAACAGGAAGUGGUUCGGCUUCAUGAGACUCUGUCAGCGCUGGAGUCAAAGCGUGACGCCAUGGAGGCCGAGCACAGGAGUCUGGGUUCACCGCAGGAGCAGAGAGAGAAGUUAAUCAAACAGGUGAAGGAGGACAACCAGGAAAUCGCCAGCAUGGGGAGACAGCUCACGGAGAUCAGAGAGCGGACCAGACAGAUCACAGAGGAGAUCCGACAGCUGGAGCAGGACUCGGAGGAGGCUCAGGGGGAGUGUCAACAGAAAUACAAAGAGCUGAGGAGGAAAGAGGAGGAAAUCGACCGCUUCCUGGAGUUGUUUGAGGAGUCCAGGGCUCAGGAGCAGGAGAAGAUGACACAGAGCCAGGAGAACAUCGUCUCCCUGUUGGAGCACUGCAGCAGGAACAUGUUGCGGCUACGUCAGGUAGAUACAGUGACGGCCAGUGAGCUGAGGAACAUGCAGGAGGUGCUGGUCAGCAAGGAGACCGAGGUGGUCCAAUCAGAGAGCACUGCCCGGGGACUGACCACAGAGUCCCAGCGUCUGCAGCAGGACCUGGAGAAGGUGCAGCAGCUGGAGGGGAAGAUCACAGGAGAGCUCAGCACCCUGAAGGAGCGAGUGAGCACCAUGGAGUCAGAGCUGCACACCUACCGAGACCUGGACACCCUGAGACACACAGCAGAGGAGAAGAAGAAGAGACUGCAGGAGGACCGGGUUUCACUGACUCAGCGUCGGGAUUCCUUCAAAGAGCUGCUGCAGGAGAUGAACCAGAAAUAUCAAGCUCUGAAGACCAAGCUGCAGGAAAACGAGACUCAUGCUCAGCUGGCUAACCUGGAAAGGAAGUGGCAACACUUGGAGCAGAACAACUUUGUAAUGAAAGAGUUCAUCGCCUCUAAAUCCCAGGAGAGUGACUACGCCUCAGUUGCCAAGAACGUCUCUCAACAAGUGACUGAGUACAACAAGUCUCUCAUAGACUCACUACAGAACAACAGGAGUUGAACACACACAAAAAGCAUUUAACACAGUCUGUAGUCUGACAACACUGCAGUCGGUUAUCACAACCCAUUUCAGUGAGAUGGAUGAACACAUAAGUCUGUCAGCGAUACUGACAAAGCGUUGAUGUGCCAUCGUUUAUUUGUUUCUAGUAACUCAUUUGUUAGAAAGAGAUAUAUUGGCACCAGUCAUCUUUAAAGUCCAGUUAAUCGUCUGUGAAAGUGGCUCUGGUUUGUAGCUGCUUGUUGUUCCUGGAAAUAUUUGAAUGUCUGUUUUAUUUAUCUACUAUAUUUUGUAUUUGAAAAUACAGGAGAUUCCUUGUCACUACUGUAGUGAAUGUAGCUUCAAAAU